CGUUUGUUGUUGUGGGGAGGCAGCAGGCAGAAGCAGCGGCGGCGGACUACACAGUGACAGGGCGUUAUUUUUUUUACAUGCUUACAACACUAAACGAAGACGGUGACACUCGUGGAUCGCUAGGAACGUGUCUGAAAAACCCUGUCCGUCAUGGAGUCCUAUGACAUUUUAGCUAACCAGCCGGUGGUUAUUGAUAAUGGGUCGGGGGUCAUAAAGGCUGGUUUUGCUGGUGACCAGAUCCCCAAAUACUGCUUCCCUAACUAUGUGGGACGUCCCAAGCAUGUGCGCGUGAUGGCUGGAGCCUUGGAGGGAGAUCUGUUCAUCGGACCCAAGGCAGAGGAGCACAGGGGCUUGCUGUCGGUGCGCUACCCGAUGGAGCAUGGGAUAGUGAACGACUGGAACGACAUGGAGAGGAUCUGGCAGUACGUUUACUCCAAGGAGCAGCUGCAGACCUUCUCAGAGGAGCAUCCUGUGCUGCUGACUGAGGCUCCUCUUAACCCCAGUAAGAACAGAGAGAAGGCUGCAGAGAUCUUCUUUGAGACCUUCAACGUUCCUGCGCUCUUCAUCUCCAUGCAGGCCGUGUUGAGCUUAUAUGCCACCGGCCGCACCACUGGGGUGGUGCUGGACUCUGGUGAUGGUGUGACCCACGUGGUGCCCAUCUACGAGGGCUUCGCCAUCCCACACUCCAUCAUGCGUGUGGACAUCGCCGGCAGAGACGUCUCCCGAUACCUCCGUCUGCUGCUGCGCAAGGAAGGCUACAACUUCAACACAUCGGCUGAGUUCGAGGUGGUGCGCACCAUUAAAGAGAGAGCCUGCUACCUGUCCCUGAACCCUCAGAAGGAUGAGACUUUAGAAACGGAGAAGGCUCAGUAUGUCCUUCCUGAUGGAAGCACUUUAAAUAUCGGACCGGCCAGAUUCCGUGCCCCAGAGCUGCUGUUCAGACCCGACCUGAUCGGAGACGAGAGCUCAGGAAUCCACGAGGUCCUGGCCUACGCCAUCCAGAAGUCUGACAUGGACCUGCGGCGCACGCUCUUUUCCACCAUCGUACUAUGCGGCGGGUCAACACUGAUCAAAGGGUUUGGAGAGAGGCUACUAACUGAGGUCAAAAAACUUGCACCAAAAGACGUGAAGAUCAAGAUCUCCGCUCCCCAGGAACGGCUGUACUCCACAUGGAUCGGCGGCUCCAUCUUGGCGUCGUUGGACACCUUUAAGAAGAUGUGGGUGUCCAAGCGGGAAUAUGAAGAAGACAGAGCGCGUGCCAUCCACAGGAAGACCUUCUAGAUUUGGAUCGGCGCCACGCGAACGCCAGCCCCUUCCCAUCAGAACUGCCCUCAGAACCCCUCCCUGCCCACACUCCCCCUCUGCCCCCCAGUCACCCUGCAGCUGAACAUCCCCUGACAUCCUGCAGCAAUUUGUCCAUCGUCCUUUCUGAACCCCGCCCCAGAUCUGAACCACUGCGGGUCCCCAGAACCAAGGCUUUUGUGUAUGCUGGGGGCCCCAUGUUGACCCCAGGGUUGCUCCUGCUGUUGGGUGGCGGUGGCAGCACCCUCCACACUUACCAAACAGUCACACCCGGAGGGCCGUCAGGGACCCUCAAAGGACACCUCAGAGGGCGGAGGGGUCAACACUGUGGACUCCUGUUGCUGAGUUUCCAUUGAAGUAUUGGGGUGCUCUCUUGCCUCUGCAGCCCUGUGAGGUGUAAGAUUUCAAAUCUAAAUCAACCUAAAUAUUAUUUACUGUUGAAGUUUCCAUUCCAGACCGAAGGUUAGAUUGAUUUUUUCUUUUUGUCUGUUUAGACUUUUUCUCUCUGACAGUUAGCUUUUACACAGCAAACAUCUGAAAUACUGCAGCAGCGCUUUAUCAUUUUAUAUAUAUAUAUACAGUUGUAGUCAGUUAAAGAUCACCACUGUAUUAUAGAUCAGAACUGCAGUCCAAAUGAAUUGUUUCUGUCAUUAUGACAUGUUUCUGUUUAUGGAAAGGUUCUUCUUAUCCGAGCUGACGGAUUAAAAACUUGUGGGAAAUGCCUUGAUUUAUUUAUUGCUUGUUGGUUUUUUUUUAUAACCCGAUUGAAAAGGUGUUUUCAGCCUGAGUGUCACAUUCAGGGCUGUUCUGUUUUCUGCUGAUUUUUGUGGCUAGAUAAGCACAAAGUUUAUUCCGACGUCAUCAUAUUCAGUCAGGUAAUUAUUUGGGAAAGAUCUAAAGCUGGAUAUCAGUGCUUUUGUGAACUUGUGCAUGCACCUAUACUUCUAAAAUCAACCCCAGGACUUAGUCAAGAUGGAGUCAUUAGCUGGAAGCAUUGAUGUUUCAUGUAAAUGUUGGAUUUAACCUUCCAUCCAUCUCAUGUGACAAUAAGAAAAUGUUUGGAUUUUGAAUUUGCUAAUCAAGCUGCAGAAGCCCCAACGAUUGGCUGAUAUUCCCCUCCUCCAGCCCUCAGUAUGUCCGUGUAAAACCACAGCUCCUACCAUUUUCCUGAACCUACAUGGCAGUGAAGGGGUCGUCCACCAUCAUGUCCGCCUUACUCCGGUGUGUCUGUGCCGGAGCGUCCACGUCGUCUGCUUUUGGGUGUUUUUAAAAACAAAUCAAAAGGUGGGAAUUUAAAGAGGUUGUAAUGUCAUCAGCCUUGUGUACAGUGGAGUACUUUUUCAAAAACCACCAACCAUCUGGUUACAGACUAAACAUGUACAAUAUUGUUUACUUUUACUUUUCGUAAAUUCAGUAUAAUAAAUAAGUUAAUGGCA